CUGUGCCAAUGGAAGGGCCAAUGAAUGUCAAUGUGGGCAUUCUGGGCCAUGUCGACAGCGGGAAGACCAGUCUCGUCCGGUCAUUGAGCACGCAUCUGUCGACGGCAGCCUUGGACAAGAACCCCCAGAGCAAGGCGCGAGGCAUCACGUUGGACCUCGGCUUCUCGUCCUUCCUUCUCCCCCUUCAUGACGAUGUUGCAUCCUCCGAUGCCGCGCAAAUCACAUUGGUCGACUGCCCCGGCCACGCAUCGUUGAUCAAAACUGUCAUCGGCGGGGCCCAUAUCAUCGACAUGGCGCUACUCGUCAUCGAUGUCGUCAAAGGAAUUCAAAUGCAAACCAUCGAGUCCAUGGUGCUCGCGGAGCUCUCGACGCCACACGUGCUCGUCGUGCUCAACAAGGUCGAUCUCUUGCCCGACGCGACGCGGCCGGCCCAGAUCGCCGCCAUGACCAAGACCAUCCGCGACUUUCUUUCGACGUCGCCGACGCUGCAUGCGGCCCCGAUCGUACCCGUGUCCUCUGGCGACGCCGAUGGCACCCGACCCCCGCUUGGCAUGCCGGCGCUCUUGGCAGCGAUGCGAAGCAACCUCCACGUGCCUGCCCGGUCGGCGGACGGACCACUCGUGUACGCCGUGGACCAUUGCUUUCCUCUACGUGGCAAAGGCACUGUGCUCACUGGCACUGUGUUGAGCGGGCAAUUGAGAGUCAACGAUACAAUUGCAUUGCCGAUGCUUGGAGUGGAGAAGAAGGUCAAGUCGCUGCAGAUGUUUCAUGCGUCAGUGGACAAAGCCAUCCAAGGCGAUCGCGUGGCGAUCCGUGUCCACGGGCUAGACGCUUCGGCAAUGGAACGGGGGCUAGCGAUUACCCCCCACAGCUUAUCGUUUUCGUCGAAUCUUGUGCUCCGAGUGCACCAGAUCCGAUUCUUUUCCCUGCCGUGUGCCAGCGGCACCAAGGUGCACGUCACGGUCGGGCACACCACCGUGAUGGCCAAAGCCACCUACUUUUACCACAAGGCCCAUGUCGCUAGUACUAUUAGUACUAGUACUAGUACUACUGCCAGUACUAGCCCUCCUCCUCCAACGUUCGACCCGUCGGUCGAGUACUCGUACUUGGCCGUGCUGGACCCACUCACCUCUUCCGACCAAGCCGAGAUUUCGACGCCACGUGUCGUGUUUGUGCUGCUCCAACUGGAUCGCGAAGUGCUCUGUCCUCCGCGUAGUCACGUCGUGUGCUCUCGGUUGGACACGGACGUCAACAAGCACGUGUGCCGCAUCGCAUUUCACGGGCGAGUGGACGCCGUGAUUGAAAACGUGGCGACGUCUAUCCGCAUCGGCAAGGUCAAGGAGCGGCGGGGGGUGGUCGACAAGACACUGGACGACCCGACCGUGGUAAUUGUCAAGGACCUCUUUCGGAAAGAGACCAACUGGGAUGUGUUCCGGGGCCUCCGCGUGCAAAACGUCCGCACGAAACGCGUGGGGCAGCUGGAUGGACCGUUCGGCAAAGCCGGCAAAGUCCGCGCGGUGUUUCCAAACGAUGACGUGGCAGUCCCAGGGGACGUCGUGGUGCUUCGGUUCACCAAGAUCUUGUUUCAAGACAAACACGAUCGCUCCCUGGGGCAAUCCCCGACGAUUUACAACGAUCAAGGGGGAUCUGCGACGACGUUCAAGGAGGCCAAGGGGCUGACUGGAGGGAACAAAUCAGAGGGGGGUAGCACUAGUGCGGCGCUGUUGGCGUCGGUCGAGUGCGAAAAGAAGUGCCGGACGGGCCUCGUGGAGCGGCUCAAGGGGGAGACCGCCGCGAACGGAUCCAACCCGUCGGUGAUUGCCGCUGGUCUGUUUGCGACGGCGGAGGAAGCGGCCGAAUUUAUUGGCGCCCAAGUCGCGACGGAUGCUGCCGAGGUGGGGUAUGUUGAAGCCCUCUUUGGCAAGGCGGGUAAGAUCCGCGUGGUAUUUCCGGACGGCGGGACAUUGGCCAAGGUUGGACAGACGUUGCGGUUGUUUGAAAAGUGAAGAAAUCAAACAGGAAAUAGUGUGGUUGGUUGUCUGAGGGUAGUUGCCGUCAUGUAAACUCCAUCUUCGUCCUGCCAAUAUAGGUGACGCCGAUCAGUGUAUGACGUGCGUGGUCUUGUAUUGGAGUGAGCAUAAGGAAGGGG